AUGAGUGCAGAACGGAAGUCGGAGCCGAAUGGCAGGAGACAGACUACGGAGUCGUGGGGCGCAUGGCUAAGCUGUACCGGACACAAACUUGCCGAGAUUUGCGGCGGGAGUAACACGGAGUUUGACUUGGCCAGAUUUACGUUGAUCGAAUCCCAGAAGGCCCUGGUGGCGGCGAGGCGGGAUAAGGGGCAGUCCACCAACUGCGACGUCGAAACGGUGGCCGCGAUGUACAAGAUAAUUUUUAUGAAGGCCCCAGAAGGCACAAAGGAUAUUUUUGGGCCU